AUGUCUGCAAAAUCUGCAAUGGUGAGACUAGUAGUCGAAGCCGGAAAAGCAGCACCAGCACCACCAGUAGGUCCAGCAUUAGGUUCAAAGGGAGUAAAAGCAAUAGAUUUUUGUAAAGAAUUUAAUGCAAGAACCGCUAAUUAUGAACCAGGUACUCCCAUACCAUGUUUAAUAAAUGUUAAACCAGAUAGAAGUUUUAAAUUUGAAAUAAAAUCUCCUCCUACAUCAUGGUUAUUAAUGAAAGCUGCAAAAAUUGAUAAAGGUUCAGGAAAGACUCUUAAGGAAAGUGUUGGUACUAUAAGUUUAAAACAUGUUUGGGAAAUUGCUAAGAUAAAGAAAACUGAUGAUAGACAUAAAGAUUUAGAUUUGAAAGCUAUUAUUGGAAGUAUAAUAAGUACUGCAAACGUAGUGGGGAUAAAAGUUAUUCCAUAA